AUGGACAUGCAGUUUGUCUACGACCUUUUAGGGGAAAAUGCUUGGUCGUACAUCGGUGCUACCUUCGUGGUUUUGUGGUUUAUCGUGUGGCUGUACAGAGACAGCCUGGAGAUCGAGGAACUUACAGACAAGUAUGUGUUUGUGACCGGCUGCGACUCUGGGUUUGGUAACCUGCUGUGUAAGAAGCUCGAUCGUAGAGGUUUCCACGUGUUGGCCGGCUGCCUCACAGAAAAGGGAGCUGAUGACCUGAAGAGGGCGACGGGGCCUUAUUUGAAGACUGUCCUGCUAGAUGUGGCCAGUCAGGACAGCAUCGAAAAAGCCAUGGAGUGGACCAAGAAGGAGGUUGGGGAUAAGGGACUUUGGGGAAUUGUCAACAAUGCCGGACGCGCGUUACCCAUGGGUCCUACAGAGUGGAUGAGAGUGGAGGAUUUCCACAGCACAUUGAAUGUCAACAUGAAUGGAACGAUUGCCAUGACGGUGACCUUCCUGCCCCUCAUCAAAAAGGCUCGGGGCCGCAUUGUAAACAUAGCAUCGGUUCUGGGUAGGGUGGCUGCAAACGGUGGUGGAUACAGCAUCUCCAAAUUUGCAGUGGAGUGUUUCUCUGACUGCCUCAGGAGAGAUAUAAACUACUUUGGAAUCAAUGUGUGCAUCAUUGAGCCAGGAUUUUUCAAGACUGCGGUGACGAGCCUGGACCCCCUGGAGAGGGAGCUGCACCGCCUGUGGAACCAGCUCACCCCUGAAGUCCAAGCCAGCUAUGGAGACAAGUACCUUGAUAAAUACAUCAAGGUCCAGCGUUUUAUCAUGAAUGCAGUCUGCGACACUGACCUCUCCAAGGUGACCGGUUGCAUGGAGCACGCUCUGACGGCGGCCUACCCUCGCACCAGGUACAGCCCGGGCUGGGACGCCAAGCUACUGUGGAUCCCCCUCUCCUACAUGCCCAGCUGUGUGGUCGACAUCGGGCUGAGGCUGGUGCUGCCCCGCCCGUCAAAGAGCGUGUAAAUUAUGAUGCCUUGGAAGAAACUUGUUCAAAGUUAUCAGCCUUUAUAUGUCAUUGUAUGUCAAUUUAAU